AUGGCCACUCUCCUGGAGCAAGCACUGGGUGUGAUAGUCACCACCUUCCAUCAGUACUCAUCCAAGGAAGGCAACAAGUUCAAGCUGAGUAAGGGGGAGAUGAAGGAACUUCUGCGCAAAGAGCUGCCCUCCUUUGUGGGGGAGGAGGUGAAUGAGGAGGGACUGAAGAAGCUGAUGUGUGAACUUGAUGAGAACAGUGACCAGGAGGUGGACUUCCAGGAGUAUACUGUUUUUCUGACCCUUAUCACUAUGAUGUGCAACGAUUUCUUCCAAGACUAUACAAAAGAUUCCUGA